GCAAGCAAACGGCGACUCACGGAAUUUGAAAUUAAGAAAAAAGAAAAUAAGAACUGUUUCUGGUUCUCCUUCAAGGCUUCAACACACUCAUUUUCUUGUCCAAAACUCUGUUUUCUCUGUCUUUUCUUGAAGCAGAUCCUAUCCUUUGCUUUCUUCAUCACAGCUUUUUGAUUAUUCUUUCUCAUUACUCCUAAACUUCGGAUCUCACUUGAGCAUUUUCAUUUUUGUCUUCUUGCUUUCUUUGUUUCUUUUUCUCUGUUUCUGCUUUCAAGAAACUUGUAACGGUCUCGACUCUCAACUAGUUACUGUCAAUGGAUUGGAGUCUUCUAUAGCAAAUAGAAAAGAACCGAGAAGAUGAAAGGGGAGUCAUCCGGGUUGAUCAUUGGAAUCUCAAUAGGUGUGGUGAUUGGAGUGCUUAUAGCAGUUUUGGCACUCGUCUGUUUUAGGUACCAUAGGAAACGCUCGCAGAUAGGCAACAGCAGCUCUAGGAGAGCGGCCACCAUCCCUAUCCGGGAAAACGGUGCUGAUUCAUGUACUAUAUUAUCAGACUCGACUCUUGCCCCAGAAUCACCUGUUAAAUCUGGACGCAAUGGCAUGUCCUUGUGGCUUGAAGGAUUCAAGAAAAACAAUAUGAUGGCCGUCUCUGGAAUCCCAGAGUAUUCUUACAAGGAUCUGCAAAAAGCAACCUAUAAUUUUACAACACUGAUAGGACAAGGAGCAUUUGGUCCUGUUUAUAAAGCUCAAAUGUCAACUGGUGAGACUGUUGCAGUUAAAGUGCUUGCAACCAAUUCCAAGCAAGGGGAGAAAGAGUUUCACACUGAGGUUAUGCUAUUGGGAAGGUUGCAUCAUAGAAACCUGGUGAAUUUGGUUGGAUAUUGUGCAGAAAAGGGCCAACACAUGCUUAUAUAUGUCUACAUGAGUAAAGGCAGCUUGGCUUCUCAUUUGUACAGUGAAAGCCAUGAACCAUUGAGCUGGGAUUUGAGGGUUUAUAUUGCCCUAGAUGUAGCAAGGGGUUUAGAAUAUCUUCAUGAUGGGGCAGUUCCUCCUGUGAUUCACCGAGAUAUUAAAUCUUCCAACAUUCUGUUGGAUCAUUCUGUGAGAGCCAGGGUAGCAGAUUUUGGGCUUUCAAGAGAAGAGAUGGUGGACAGACAUGCGGCUAAUAUACGGGGAACUUUUGGAUAUCUCGAUCCUGAAUACAUAUCUACAGGGAACUUCACAAAGAAGAGUGAUGUCUACAGCUAUGGAGUGUUGCUUUUUGAACUUAUAGCUGGCAGAAAUCCUCAACAGGGUCUCAUGGAAUAUGUUGAACUCGCAGCAAUGAACACUGAGGGGAAAGUGGGGUGGGAGGAAAUAGUGGAUUCACGUCUAGAUGGGAAAUUUGAUGUUCAGGAGCUGAAUGAGGUGGCGACUCUUGCAUAUAAAUGCAUCAACCGUGUACCCAAAAAACGGCCUUCCAUGAGGGACGUUGUGCAAGUACUCACACGGAUUCUCAAACUCAGGCAUAAUAGAAGGCAUCAUCACAGAAAAUCCCUUUCUGCCACAGCUGAUGAGGUUUCCAUCGAUUUAGACCAACUAGAAAUCAAGACUCCAGUCUCCGAAUGCCACCGGAGAGAUGAGUCCCUGGACAGUGCCGACACUUGUGAAGUUUAGAUCAUGGUUUGUUCAUUUUUUGUCUUUUGGGUUUUGGGUUUUACUGUUUUGUGAAACAAUACAUGAUUUUCCAAAAGGAGUUAGGAGGCAAGCAGAUCCAUCCUAGUGCUGAUUUCUGCGAAGAACUACUGAAAGGAUUGAAUUCUGUCAUGUUGUAAGUUUUUGUAACAUAAUUUAGGUAUUUUUUUUAUUAUUAUUUUUUUACUUUGAUGAAAUGACGGCUGUCUGAUUUUGUACUAUACUCUUUCAGAAAUGGAAUGAAAGAAAAAUUACCCUUUUUCUUGUAAAUUUUGCUAUAUUUCUUUUACCCUUUAUACCAAGAGUUUUAGCAAAUUACAUUUCAAGAGUUGAUAAGUGGGUUAUCUCUCUUUUUGAUUGAUAUAUUUCAAUUUUUUUGGCAUGCCUCAUUUUCUAUUUCAAAUUGAAUAGAUUAUUUAAUAUAAUGUCAAUGCAAUAAAAAUAAACAAUUUAAUUCAUUAUUUUGACUUUUAAACAUUAAUAAAAAAUAUUAAAUAUUAUUUUAAAAGGCGAUAUAAGAGUAAGUCCAUAAGAAAAAUUAAGAAAAAGAAAAAAGUAGUCGCGGGAAAAGGAGAACGGUUAAUAAAAUGUUUCAACCCAAAGAAAGUCCAUGAGCCGCAACUCGCUAAAAUCCCUCGUCCCAAAAUGUCGUCGUGUAUCCAUAUCCUCUGGAAAGAAGGCGCUCGUUCUCGUCAAAACUCUGCAGCUCCAGGAAAACAAGGAGAAGAAGGAGCAGCCAGAAAAUGUCUGCCAUGGCUGCACGUCAGAGCUCAAUGGCCUCAUUUUCUAUGCCCAACGCCUCUCUUUUCCCUCAGUUUCCUCUAUACCCGUCAAGUCAGCAGAUGAUGCAUGUCUCCUUGUUGUGAGGAUUGGUGGCGUGGACUCUUCUCAUGCUAAUUCCAUGUCUCCUCUCUCUCUCUCUCUGUGUGUGUGUGUGAUUUCCAAGGUGUGUUGUAGUUAAUGUGCCACUGAAGCUGCUGCAGAGAGACAUACUUUUGAUAAAUAUUUGGGAGUCUAAAGGAAGACCAAAAAUUGAGUAGUGUAUUUUCUGUAUCUUGGUUAGUACCUAGUAGCAUCAACAACUAGCUGACAUUUAGAACACGAUGGCUUAUGAGUUGACAUCCUUACAUGAAAUCUUUUCUUUUUCUUUUUAAUUAA